AUGACACUCAACAUCUUAGGCAAUGCCAUCUCAAGUAACGCAUCCCAGUGGAUAUUACCCAAUGCUAAUAACGUCUUUCAGUCACCGCAAACAGAGUGUGUCUGCGUAAAAACUACUGCGAUCGCUUCACCAGAUGCACAGUUACAAGAGGGUGACUGUGGGAUUUGUAGAAUAUGGUCACCGCAUUUCGAGUAUUUGGCUGAUCCUUUACACCUCUUCAAUGAUCCUGUGAAUGUGAAACCAAAUGUAGCAUACGAUGUAUGGUGCAGACUGAACAGUGACCCAGAAUCACAGUACGAUGGCGUUAGUCCAAUUCUUGAGAUACACUCAAUCGAGGCGCCUUCUGAAAGUCAAAUGAUAUCGCUAUGUGCUCCCUGGGCGCCAGGAAGCCUAUGCAGUCGGAUUGAUCAGGUGUUAGAUCUAUCGUUAGAUCCAUCCUCACAAAACCAGCAAUUCACGGUGGAAAGCCAGGAAUCAUCGGCAGAAACACAGGACCAAUCCAGUGGAAGACGGAAAAUGUGUGAAAAAGAACAUUUACGAUCUAUAUUAUUUCAUCAGCAGUGCGCUAAGCAGGUCGAUCGUAGAGAUUCGGUGUGGGAGACGAUUCUGGACACAAGCAGCAAACAGCUUGCAAUGAGUGAGAAACAA